UUUUUUAUUUUAAAUGACUUGAUUGAUUUCUGAAACUUAAAUAAUAUGAUAUUAAUAUCCUAAAUUAAAAGGUUUGUCAUUGAUUUACAUAUAAACAAUUAUAGAAUAUUGAAGUGUGUAUAUAGUUUUGUCUCCAUUAAUAUUUCUAAAUUAAUAACAAUUAAAUAAUUUUUUUAUAAAUGUUAUGAACAUUGUGUUGUUUAUCUUCAAAUAAUAAAAUGAUUGAGUACUCUGAUCAAGAGUUUGAAAAAAAGCUUAUGCUUCUAAAAGACACUCAAGAUGCUAUUCAAACCUUGUCAACAUGGUGCUUAAAAAGACAUGAACAUCAUAAGAGUAUCAUUGCUAAUUGGUUAAAAGCAAUCAGAAAAGUUAAAAUUGAAAAGCGAUUGACUCUUUUUUAUUUAGCUAAUGAUGUUAUUCAAUACAGUAAAAAAAAAAAUUACAUGUUUGUGGAUGGUUGGGCAACUGCUAUUCAAAAAGCUAUUCCUUAUGUCAGAGAUGAAAAAAUUCAAGGAAAAAUAUUAAGAAUUAUUAAAAUAUGGAAAGAAAGAGGUGUUUAUGAUGAUAGUUAUUUAGCUGAUUUAACUGGUUUGUUAACCACACCAAUUCAAAAACUUAAAUUGGCUGAUCCUGUUCAAGAAUUUCAGAUUCAUACACUAACGGCUAAAAUUCGUUCAUGUGUUAAGUUAGAACAACUUACUGAUUUAAAAAUGAAAACACUAAAAGAAACUAAUUUACCAUUGACUAGUAAUGAAGCCAUACAUAAUAUGCUUAAAGAUCGUAAUAGAAGUCAUGAGUUUCUCAACGAAUUGAAUGAUGGUAUGACAAAAAUUGAAAGUUACAUAAAAUGUUUGAAAAAAGAAACUAUAGAUCGUGCCCAACUUAUUGAUGCAUUAGAGGUAGCAACAUCUUAUUAUGAUGAACAAAAUGGAGAAGUUAAGACUGUUGCUCAAGCUUACUUCAACUACAGCAAGAGGGUGAAACUUUUACAAAGUAAAUUAGAAACACUUUUAAAUUCUAUGCCAACUGAUAGUCCAAUGCCCUCGCCUGAUAUCAAUGCUCCAUCGCCAUCUACUUCUUCUGUUUCUAUUGAAGAUUUUAAUUUAUCAAGUUUUAAUCUUGAAAAUAUUUCUCAACCUUCUAAUUAUUUAGCAAAUGCUACAUCAAUUGAAAAUAAUAGCAACAAUGCUUAUAUACCAGCACCAUCAGGUGAUGAAAAUAUGAAAAUGUAUGCUUCUACGGAAUCAUAUAAUACUGUUCAAGAUAUGUAUGAUCCUGGUGCUAUGAGUUUUCCGGUUAUUGAAAAUCAAGAUCAACAAGAUAGCAGCCAAUUCCCAUAUGAUGCUCCAUCACCACCUCCAGAUGAAACAUUUGCUUUUCCUACAUUCUCCAGUUCUGAAAAUACAUUAUAUAAUACCCAAUCUCAACACCAAGCUAUAAAAAGUAAUGCAUUCUCUACGAACAGUUAUGAAGCUUAUGUACCUACUCCAAUAUCUAGUCAAAUUUAUGCCAGUUCUGGUUAUAAUAAUUUAACAACUGAUUCAUCAUUAAAGAAUAUAUCACAAACACAAGAUCAACAAAUUGGAUGGCCAAUUGUGACACCAAAAUUUACAAGUUGGGAUAGAGGAUCUGUUGACAAUAGCUGGAAUAUUAAUGACACUCCGGCAUCGCCUCCUUUUCAUGAAAAAGUAUCUUAUCGAGAACCUCCUAUUAUUAGUAAAACUGGUGGGGAACCCAAUAUUAAUCAUUGUAUUGAUACUCCAAAAAUGUUAGAUACUGAUGAUCGAAUUCUACCUUCUGGAGUUAUUAAUCAAAAUUCUGAUAUUGAUCAUAGAAAUUUAAUAAGUUUAACAAAUUCUCCUUAUAUGAAUUCACCUAUUGUUUCAACUGAUAUUGAUUAUCGAACAUUACCAGGCAUACCAAUGCCACCAUCACCACCAGCAGUAUUAAUGGCUGCUGUUAACAAACCUCCAAAAGAUAAUGUAGAAAGUGUAGAUAUGGAUUUGAGUGAUGACGAUGACAAACCUAAAUUAACUCUUGAACAAAAACAUUCUAUGGUUUUACCUCCUCCACCUCCUCCGCCUUUUGAUUUUGAACCUCAACAAAUAUCAGAAACACAAAACAGCCAACAUUGGGACCAGACAAGCCAUCAAUGGGAUAAUGAAAGGCUUAGUUAUAAUGACAAUCAAUGGAAUUUAGAAUCUGAACAGUGGAAAUCACAAAAUCAGUGGCAACCUGAGCAAAAUGACGUAAAUUAUAAUCAAAAACAACCACAGUGGGAACAACCUAACCAUUGGCCUCAAAAUAACCUAAGAGGCCAACCGAGAAAUGAUUUUAGACCAAAAUGGAACAGAGGAAAUGGAAAUUGGUCUAGAGGGCCUAGAAAUUUUUCUCAACGUUCAAGACCUGUUGGUAGAUGGAAUCAAGGGCCUCGUUAUGGUCCUAGAAAUGAGCAUUGGUAAUGAGGUUAUUUAAAAAAUAUUAGACUGAGGUAAAAAAAUGUAUAUUUUUGUAAUUAAAUAUCAAUAAGAUGUUCUGUUAUUUAUGCAAAAAGACAUAAGAUAAAAGUUUCAUAAAAUUAUUUGUUUAUUUUUAUUGUUAUGGUAUAAUAAAAUCAUUAAGUAUGGUUAUAAUACUAAUAGUAUCAAAUAAUUAUUUAAAAAUUCAUUAUUUAUUAUGGUGCAUUCAACGAUUUUUUUAUUUCAUGGUACGUGUGUCUAAAUAGAUAUCAAAUGUUUUAUAAUGUGAAUCAAAUCUCAAAAAUGUAUAAUAUAUACACAUAUACAUUUUUUUUUUUUGUACCUUAUCAAAAAAUUUACAUUUUAACUAUAUCCUAGUGUUUUUUUUUUUAAUUUAAUGCUUCUAUAUUUACUUCAAAAAUUAAUUUGAUUUAUGCAUUGUGUCCUAUUUGCUUUUUUACUUGCAAUGAAUUAUUUAGUCUAUAGUUAAUGACCAAUAUGCACUAUCUAUUGUAUUUCGUUUUAGUGUAAAUAUGUAUAGUUACAUAUUAAGCAUUAGUUAAAAUAGAAUAUCAUUUGAAUCUAAAUAACGUUUAAAAGGUCACUUAUAAGUUCUAUGAUGUACAUAAUUUUUGUUUUAAUCCUAAUAAUUAGGAAACAUGUUAGAAUAUAUUUUCUUGGAUUUUAGAAAAAAAUAUUUAGGUGGCUAAUAAAGUUAUUUAAGUGUAUGAACUACUUUUAAGCAUUGUUCAUUUUUAAAUUUUAAUUAAAAAAUUACUUUUAUGUUUUUCA